AUGCGCAGACCAACUCCCUCCUUCUGGAGGUCCUGCGCGAGUUUCGGGCGUUUCGGUACCAAUUUUGUUGCGGCCCCUUUUCCUAGGAGAAGCCCCUCGGGGGGGCUUGCUGUCCGGUGCUUUUCGACGGAGCAGCUCUGGAGAGGUGUGCGGUCUACGAGCUUCAGUAAGAACCUGGAUUUCAAAGACGGGUCAGAAAGCACCUUCCCCGUGUAUCGGGUUCUCGAUGCCGAUGGAGAGCUGGAGCCGGGAGUUGAGCUUCCCUUCUCACUGGAGGAGGGUGUUGACAUGAUGCGAAUGAUGCUCAAGUCGAAGGUUUAUGAUGACGUGCUGAUGACAAUGCAGCGACAGGGUCGGAUUAGCUUUUACUGCACCAACUAUGGAGAAGAAGCUACAAGCGUGGGCACAGCUGCGGCUCUGAAGCCUCAAGACAUGAUCUGGCCCCAAUAUCGGGAGCUUGGGGCCUUCUUGUGGAGAGGCUUGACAGCGCAAGAGAUCGCCGACCAGAACAUUGGCAACGAGGGGGAUCGGAGCAAGGGCCGGAACUUGCAGGUGCACUAUUGCAUGCUGGAGAAGAACAUGCAGACAGUCCAUGCUGUUUUAGGUACUCAAAUCCCACAGGCCCCUGGAGCAGGGUAUGCAUACAAGCUGGAUAAGGAGGAUCGAGUCUCUGUUGCAUACUUCGGUGACGGCGCCGCCUCCGAGGGUGAUGCAUUUACUGGCCUGAACUUUGCUUCUGUCUAUGGCGCGCAGACAUUGUUUAUCUGCCGCAACAACGGCUACUCUAUUUCAACGGGAGUUGAAGACCAGUACAAGGGAGAUGGUAUCGCUGCCCGCGGGCCAGCCUUGGCAAUACCCACCGUGCGUGUUGACGGGAAUGACCUGGUUGCUGUGUACAUCGCGACCGAGGCAGCACGGAAGAAAUGCGUGGAAGAGAAAACACCAAUCCUACUGGAGCUCAUGACCUACCGGGUAGGUGACCACACAACAUCUGAUGAUUCUUCGGCAUACCGGAAAGAGGAUAAAGAAGAAGUCAAAAAGUUGCAGGGCGUUGGCCCACUUCCCCGUUGGAAGAAGUUUCUGGAAUCCAAGGGUCUAUGGGAUGACGAGAAGUCGAAAGAAGUCGAAGCAGCAGCACGAGAUGAAAUGAUCCAGGCGAUGAAGGCAGGCGAAACAAAGAAGAAGCCGCCGCUCCGCGAGUUGUUCACCGACGUCUUCAGUGAUUUGCCCUGGCACUUGGAAGAACAAGCAGCUUAUGCUGAGAAGCACUGUCGCGAGUACAGCAGCGAAUACAACAUGAAGAGUGUCCGAGGCCUCGAUGGCCCUGCACCCACCGUUGAUCCCAAACGGAUUGCCUCUGCCCCCAGGGUACUGCCUCCUGCUCCUCGGGGGGAAGUCAAGGAGACAACCAUGGUCCAGGCCAUUAACGAUGCUUUGUCCAUCGCUCUGAGCUCAGACAACAGGUCGGUCCUCUUUGGUGAAGAUGUGGCCUUCGGAGGGGUCUUCCGGGCCUCCGUUGGUCUCAGAGACAAGUUUGGAGAAGACCGAGUCCUAAACGCUCCAGUGGCAGAACAAGCUAUUGCGGCCUUCGCCGUAGGUUUGUCCGUAGCAGGGUACAAGGCCAUCGCAGAGAUUCAGUUUGCCGACUACAUCUUCCCUGCCUUCGACCAGAUUGUGAAUGAAAUAGCGAAGUAUCGGUAUCGCAAUGCCGGCGGCGGCGCCGGAAAUAUUACCAUUCGGGCCCCGUGCUCCGCAGUGGGGCAUGGAAGCAUGUACCACAGCCAAAGUGUAGAGUCCUACUUUGCCCACUGUCCGGGCUUGAAGAUUGUCAUUCCCAGAGGGCCGAAGCAGGCCAAGGGGCUGCUGCUUGCGGCCAUUCGAGACCCGGAUCCGGUCUUAUUCUUCGAGCCGAAGGUCCUGUACCGAGCACGGAUUCAAGGACCCGACGGCCAGGUGCCCGUCGAAGACUACGAGCUUCCCAUUGGACAGGCCGAAAUUGUGCAAGAAGGAACUGAUGUGACUCUUCUUGGAUGGGGGUCACAGAUUGGUCGGCUGCAGGCCGCGGCUGCUAAGGCAGCGGAAGAAGGCAUUUCCUGCGAGGUCAUUGACCUGCAGACGAUCAUUCCAUGGGAUGCAGAUACUGUGCAGGCCUCCGUUGAGAAGACGGGGCGUUUGAUAAUCGCCCACGAGGCCCCCCAAACAAAUGGUUUCGGUGCAGAGAUUGCUGCCAAAAUCCAGGAGCGCUGCUUUCUUCACCUAGAAAGCCCAAUCCAGAGAGUUUGCGGUUUUGACACACACUUCCCCUAUGCCUGGGAGGAAUUUUACGUACCUUCUGCUUCGAGGGUCCUGGCUGCCAUUAAGGCCGGCUUGAGAUGCUGGCUGUAG